AUGCCGAAAAACCGCCCUGCAACGUCGGGAUACGCCCGACUCGCCCAGGAGGAAGAGGAACGGGGCUAUCUUCAUGAUGAUUCAGAAGACGAACAGGGUGCUAUCUCGGUAGCAUCCACCUCCGCGCCUCGAUAUGCCCCCAUCUCCUCUCGAGCCCAGAUGCAGGCAUCCGGUCUCCAUUCGCCCAACGGUCAUCGACGCCGACAUAGCGGAUAUCAAUACCCCCGGGGCCGUCGAAACUCCGGUGUGGAUAUCAAGGCGAUCAAUGCGCGUCUCGAAAAGUGGGCGGACGAGAUUGCCUCCAAGUUCAAGAUCAACAGAGUCAAGGGCAAGAGCUACGAGGAGGAGAAGCUAGAGAUCUAUCAUUCGGUCUUCCAGGCACCCCCAGGCAUCCGCCCUGUGACUGCUGAAACCCUCGAAUCAGAUGAAUUUGAAGGCGAGCAAAGGCGAGCCCGAGCCGAGUACGAGGAGAUCAUUGAAAGUGUCCGCCUGGCAAUUGAACUCGACGUACACCCGCGGAUGAUCUCACAAGGAAGCUCGGGCAGUUACUUUGCUCGAAACCCUGAGGGCAAGGUAGUGGGUGUUUUUAAACCCAAGGACGAAGAACCCUACGCCUCACGAAACCCUAAGUGGACCAAAUGGAUUCACCGCAAUCUGUUCCCCUGCUUCUUCGGCCGUGCGUGUCUCAUUCCCAACCUUUCCUACGUAUCGGAAGCCGCCGCCUACGUCCUCGACGCUCGCCUACGCACGAAUCUCGUUCCUUAUACUGGUAUUGUGCGGCUAUCGUCGAAAUCCUUCUUCUAUGAUUUCUGGGAUCGAAGAAAGGCAUGGAAGGGCAAGAAAUCGUUGCCUCCCAAGGCAGGCAGUUUCCAAGUUUUCUUAAAAGGAUUCAAGGAUGCCAACAUCUUCCUAAGAGAACACCCCUGGCCCGACCAGACCAACACCGGAUUCCGCGCCGAGGAUGCCCCGAAGCGAAAGAAGCGGCCAUGGAACGAGGCCUGCCGUCCUUCUGGGACACAGUCAGACGACGAGGAUGACGAAGAUCCUGGAUACGUACCCUCACCACCCCCAUCGCGUGACCCCAGUGCCGAGCGCCAAUUUUACUGGACGGAGAACCUCAAACAAUCAUUCCGCGAAGAACUGGAGAAGCUUGUGAUUUUGGAUUACAUCAUGCGAAACACCGACCGAGGCCUUGAUAACUGGAUGGUCAAGAUUGACUGGGGGACAGAGUCGGUUUCUAUUGUGGCAGACCCUCCCAAGAACAAUGAGUCACAACCUAGGCAUGAUGAGGACGAACUCUUGCCUCCGCCUCGACCAGUAUCUGUGAACUCGAACGGCGCAAGAAGCCCUAGCGCCCCCUAUAAGCGACAUGAAACCAUGAUGGCAAUCAGUCGCACAGGAACCCCACUAGCUUCGUCUGAGCAGUCGGCUUCUGUUCAGCUUGGCGCCAUUGACAACAGUUUGUCUUGGCCAUGGAAACAUCCCGACGCAUGGCGCAGUUUCCCCUUCGGUUGGCUCUUCCUGCCAGUAUCCUUGAUUGGCCAGCCCUUCUCGCAAAGAACCCGCGACCACUUCCUCCCCCUCCUUACAUCGACAGAUUGGUGGAGCGGAACACAAAUGGCUUUGCGCGGCAUCUUUGCGCAAGAUGACGAUUUCAAGGAGAGCAUGUUUGCUCGCCAAAUCGCCGUUAUGAAAGGUCAGGCCUGGAACGUCGUGGAGACACUGAAGCACCCAGAUCACGGCCCGCUUGAACUUACUCGGCGGACUCGUGUCUGUGUCUGGGAUGAUCUAGUUGAUGUCCCCGUUGCCAUCCCUAUGCGCGCGCCUUCGACCGACAGGCAAAGGAACCGAUCUAUGAAUUACGACCCUUAUGAAGAAGAGAUGGACAUCGGCGCGUCCGCCUCUUCCCAACCAACCCCAGAACGCGAGCAUGACUUGUUAGGAUUGAAUACAUUGCCCAGCGACCUCCCUAACCCGAACCGAUUUGAGCUCUCUCGUGGUCGUGCCGAUGGCGAUGCUGGCGGCUCGAUUGGUAGCCCUGCUACUGUUAACGAGCAAGACUUCGCUCGGACUGCCGAUGGUACAUCUGGCGGCUCUCUCGACGGGUGGCCUUCCCUUCCUCCACGUCCUUCUCAGAAGCACCGAAAGCAAGGCGGGUCCCUGUCCUAUCGCGUUCCCCACGUCAACACAUUCGGCAGCGAUGACCUAGAAGGAGACCUCGGCUAUGCAGUUGCCGAAGGCAUGGAAGGCAAUCAACGCAAGGUGAUUGUUGAGCGCCUCGAAGCCGUCAAAAGCAAAAACCCCGUCUUCACCUGGUGCUAA